CAUACAUAUAGUACAGUACAGUACAACUCAGUCCACCUUAAAAAAAGCGCAAAUGGUCGCAACCGACUUUGCCAUCACCGUUCUGCUGCUGGGCAAGGAGGACGUCGGCAAGAGCAGCCUCGCUCAGACCUUUGUCGAAGGCCGCCACGAUCCCACUGCUAUAUCGCCGACGGUCGAAGACAUGUACGAGUGCGCGACCGAGAUCAGCCCGGGACGCGUCGAAACGCUGCACAUUGAGGACAUUGGCGGCGGUGCUCAGCCAGCAUUGCGCCAAGCUCACAUCCGCCGCGCGCAGGGAUUUAUUCUAGUGUACGACAUCACGGAUUCGGAAUCAUUCCGCACAGUCAUCAAGCUGCGCAAGGAGGUCGAGGAGGCGCGUGGGAGAUCCGUGCCAAUAUACGUUGUUGGAAACAAGCUCGACUUGGAAGGGAUAAAGCGACAGGUCUUUGCCGACGAGGUUCGGUCAUGGGCAUUGACCCAGUCAGCGACAUUCUAUGAAGUCUCGGCUCGCACGGGAGCAAACGCCAGUCAGCCCUUUGUGGAUAUUGCGCGAGCAAUCGCAAGUACCAAGGUCGCCAAGCGCGGCAAAGUCUCGCUGCGAUCGACCCUUGCUGCCGUUUCCAAGUCAACCAUGUAACAUCUAUGUUUUGUGUGUUUUUGUUUGUUGUUGUAGCUGCUGUGUUCGUGUUACCUCCCCAAUGUACAGUCAAAGCGCCA